AUGGAAAGAUCCGAUUCCCCUUCACCAAAGCGUCAGAAGAUGGAGGAAACAACGUGCCAUAAUGGCCGUCCGGAGGAUUUUGAUUCCGACGAGUGCACUGAGGAAGAGAUGCAACUGUUCGACCAAGAGUUGGAUAAAAUAGGAGGGGGUUAUGAAAUCGACUUCAAGAAAUUUCGUUAUUGUUUUGGUUGGAAACCACUGGAUCUGGAUGAUAGUAACAUGGUUGAUGAGCCUGAAACUAACAGAGAUUUUAUCGCUAUGUUGGCAAACCUGGCUCUCACCAAGUACAACGCAGAAAAAGGAACAAGCUUUGAACUGGGAAAGAUUUUGAUUGCUAACUUUCAUCUAUCUUGUGGAUUCACUUUCUACAUCUCAUUCCAAGUCAAUGAUCCUUCUGAAGAAGUUGGUAAUCAGACAAAACCCUACCGAGCAGUGGUUCGCUACUUUCCCGGAGACAUUGAAGUAAUCUCUUGCAAUCCCAAAGAUUCAUGA